AUGACGAUUACUCAUCCUGGUCUUGCCUAUGUUGUUCAUGUGGUUAGCCAAUUUGUCUCUGCUCCUUGCUCCACACAUUGGGUUGCCUUGAUUCAGAUUCUUCGCUAUCUCCGAGGUACUAUAUUUCAAGGUUUACUGUUGUCCUCUACUUCCUCUCUGGAUUUGGUGGCCUAUGCUAAUUCUAAUUGGGCCGGUGAUAUUACUGAUUGCAAGUCCACGUCUAGUUUCUGUAUGUUUCUUGGCAAUUCCUUAAUCUCUUGGAAAAGCAAGAAACAAAUUGUUGUUACUCGCUCUACUGCCGAAGUUGAGUAUCAUGCUAUGGCUCAUGCUACUGCUGAAGUUGAUCAUCGACAAGGACGAGUUAACAGCCAAAUCACUGUGAGCAGGGGGAUGUCCAGUCGUAGCCCUAGUGAUUCUGUGAGAGAUGUCAAGUUUCAUGGAGUUACCCCAAGAUGCCUCACAUAUGAAGCUUUUGAUCUUUGA